AAGGGCCCGAGAGGCUAGAGAGAUCGAUGAGCGUGAUGGAAGGAGUAGAGGGCGGGAGCCCAUUAACUUGUGCUUACACGCUGCAACCGUCUUCUUUCUGCAACGAGGAUAUACUGUUCUGCAUCGAUGUCGACCAUGAAUCUCUGGUGGAUAUGAAAGUUUCGGGCCCAAAAGGUCGACCCAUCACGAGAUUGGAUUCAAUAAAAAAUGCAGUCCUCCUUUUCGUCCAUGCCAAACUCGCCAUCAAUCCUGAGCACCGUUUCGCCUUCGCUGCUCUUGGCCAAUCUGCUUCUUGGCUUCGGAAGGAGUUUAGGAGCGACGCUGAGUCCGCUAUUGCUGCGCUUCGUAUGAUCUCCAUCGCUCCUGAUUCUUCAUAUGGUCAGGCUGAUCUCACCCACCUCUUCCGAGUAGCAGCUCAUGAAGCAAAGAAAUCUCGUGCACAGAAUCGGAUUUUCAGACUAAUUCUCAUAUACUGCAGAUCAUCUGUUCAACCCCAAUAUCAGUGGCCUGCAAACCUGAAACUAUUCACCUUGGAUGUCGUCUACCUCCAUGACAAGCCUGGGCCAGAUAACUGCCCCCAAAAGGUAUAUGAUUCACUUGUGGAUGCCCUUGAGCAUGUCAGUGAGCAUGAGGGUUACAUUUUUGAGACUGGCCAGGGGCUUUCUCGUGUUCUCUUCCGUCACAUGUGUGUGCUGCUUUCACACCCACAGCAACGUUGUGCCCAAGAUGACAUUGACAUUCCCAAGUCCCUUGCGAAAAAGUCACCCGCGGCCGACUCCACACCUGGUGAAGAGAAUGUGCCUGCAUCCAGCCAAUAAAGCAAUCUACAUUGCAGUGCUGACUUAAUAUUAUUGUCUUAUUGUUUUUGCGUCUAUGCUUUUUUUGUGUAGUUUGUGGAGAACAUCUGAUGGUCCUCUGCACUUUUCCUUCCUGUAUAGAUUAUGAAAACACUUUCUGAUACCUUGAUGAAUCAUAGGUUGCAUCUGACUUGAUAUGGUUGCAGUAUUUAAAUGUUAUGCUCUUGUUCUUUUAUCCA